AUGGGUUUUGAGGUGGCUGAUGAGGCCAAUGUGGGAAUUGUAAACUCUACCUCAGUGUCCUUGGUUCUGAUUGUCACUCAGGCUCUCGUGGUUUGUCCCACAGUGGUCUCGUCAGUCGCCUCUGCUCUGAUCUACACAAAAACAGUGGAUUCACCUGACAUCCAAGUAAUUGGAAGCUGCAAGCAAAGUGGUGAGAUGCUACAACCUCCUUUAGACAGGAGGCGUGAACUUACUCCAGUCCGGCAGGGCCAGAUCAAUGCCCCAGACUUGGUGGGCUACAGGGCCCGUUUCUCUGCUAGCAUUAUUUCUCCCACGCCACCACAAUCUGAAGAGAGUGAAAUGCAGUCUGCAAUGAAAGUGGCUUCAGAGCAUACACCCGGACGAAGAGGGAGGAAGCCAGGAAGAAAACGGAGACAGGAGCUCCUUCAGUCAGCUUUCAAACUGGCUGUGCAGAAUGCUGCGGCUUCUGCACCUAAAGGAGUUUUACCACUAAAAAUACCCAAAAAACGAGGACCAAAACCUGGAAGCAAGAGGAAGCCCCGUAUUCCACAAAAUCCUCCACCCAUCUCGCCCACCUUAAGCACUCCAGAGCCAGACACCAGCACUGUUCCUCAGGACGCAGCGACCGUUCCCACUUCAGCGAUCUCCCAAGCACUGACAGUUUGCAUUUAUGUCAACAAGCACGCCUGUGCUGGUCCGCAUCUUGACAAGAAGAAACUGCAGCAGCUCCCGGAUCAUUUUGGACCUGCCAGAGCUUCCAUGGUCCUGCAGCAGGCUGUCCAAGCAUGCAUUGAUUGCGCCUAUCAACAGAAGGCAGUCUUUUCCUGCCUGAAGCAAGGGCACGGUGGUGAACUGAUAUCAGCUUCCUUUGAUGGAGAACAGCACACCCUGAGUCUUCCAGCAGUCAACAGUAUUGUCUUCAUCCUGCGCUUCUUGGAGAACCUCUGCCACAGCCUGCACUGUGAUAAUCUCUUCAGCAGCCAACCCUUCACCAUAUACAAUGCAACCUCCCAGACCUCGGUGGAGUAUGAGAGCGACAGGAUGCAUGCAGAAACGGUGAUACCAGAGGAUGACCUCAUUGGAUCUGUGGAGAGCAGAUAUGGUGUGGAUUCCAUGGACUCUCCUCUCCACUCCAUGAACGCCCGCAGUCCAUCGAGGCGCAACUCUGGAGAGCACAGGAGUGCAGGGGCUGUUCCCUACAACUACCGCUCGCCCUACCAGUCCUCCAGUGGGCCCCCCUCUGCAGGCCUGCGACGGCUUCCAUCCAGCAUGGCUGGAGGAGGAAACUUUUAUGAGGGGAAGGAAAGUGGUAAUGCAGCAUCUAGUCCUGCCUCAGGCCCUGAACGUCACAUGCUUCCACAGGACACCCUCCGGUCACCCAUCAGACAUCCGUCUACCUGGAGUGUGGAGGAUGUAAUGCGUUUUGUCAGGGAAUCUGACCCUCAGGCAUUAGGUCCACAUGCUGAGCUCUUCAGAAAGCAUGAGAUUGAUGGCAAUGCUCUGAUCUUGCUGAAGAGUGACAUGAUAAUGAAGUACAUGGGACUGAAGCUGGGCCCAGCUCUGAAGCUCUGCUACCACAUUGAUAAACUGAAACAGGGCAAAUACUGA